GGGUUUUGCAUCGGUGAAGGAGACAUGAAUUUUUGGGGUGUUGAAGUAAAACCAGGAAAGCCUUUUACUCUUGAACACAAUGACUUGAAAGGACGCCUUCGUAUUUCAACGGCCACUGUGGGAUUGGGCACUGCAACAGCAAAAAGCACACUGCAGUGUAAUGUUGGAAAUAGGAGCCCUAUGUGUGUGUUCUCUGUAUCCUGGAACUACUGAGUCAUUGAAACUGAAAUUCAAGGAAGUUGAACAAGUUAUUUUCUCCGUAAUUGGGCCUUGCAGUAUUCAUCUUUGUGGUUACUAUAAACCAGAUGGGCCAAAAAUGGACAAGAUGACUCAGGUUCUUCCGGAAGGAAAUGAACAAUACCAGCAGCAUGCUGAUGAUAAAAUUUUAAAUGCAUAUUUGUUUCUUGUCUACCUAUAUGCCACCUUAGAGAGGAUUUUGUUCCUUGGUUCUGCACCUACUAUCAAAGACCAUGUUAGGGAAAGAAAGCAGAGGGAAACUGAAACCCAGGAUAAAAUACUACCUUCUUCUGAGGUUGGUCAUGGACUGGGUGAAAAUCCAAAGAAGAAUAGGAAAGAACAGUCAAAGAACGUUCAUAUAAAUGAACAAAAUAAACAGCACACUAUUAAUGAGGAGACAAUGGAGGAGGAUGGAAACAAGAGGGAAGAUGCAAAAAUUGGUGCAGCAGGAAUAAAGGUCAGCAUUUAUUUGACUGAAAAGUUGAAGGAAGAUGGAGUAAUAUUUGAGUCAAAUGCUGACCAAGCUCCUCUCGAAUUUCGCCUUGGCAAAGGAAAAGUUAUUGAGGAUUUGGAUGUGAAAGUUAAAGUUAAGGAAAUGAAGGAAAAGAGGAAAAGUCAAGGCAAUGUAAAGAAAAAAACACAGACGAUGCCUCUGAAGAUAGGCAAACUUGCUUGAAGUCAUAUCGUCUGCAUAAUUGCAGCAACAACUUGCUAUGAUUUGGAUUUACAAAAAACUACUAUGCUUUAAAAUUUUGUUCUGGAUUCA